AUGGGCGAUCCCUUUAACGGACUCGGAACCAUAAGCCACACGAUCAAAGACCUCGACGCCGUGAUCAUCAGCGUCGACUACCGUCUCGCGCCAGACUUCGCCGACCUGGCCCUGGUAGAAGAUUGUUAUGCCGCCCUAUGCUGGGUCGGCGACCACCUCGACCACCUCGGAAUCGACGGCGACCGCCUCAUGGUAGCCGGGCUCUCCGCGGGCGGCGGGCUUGCGGCGGGAACCGCCCUGAUGGCACGGGACCGCGGGAAGCCCAAGCUGUGCGCGCAGCUCCUCUCGGGCCCCAUGCUCGACGAUCGGAACGAGACGGUUUCCGCCCAGCAGUGUGUCGAUUUGGACAACGGAUCUUACGACACCACGCAGAACCGGAAGGCGUGGGGUUUCGUUCUCGGAGACCGGGCCGGCGGGGCCGAUGUCAGUUGUUACGUCUCUCCGGGCCGGGCGACGGAUCUGUCGCGGCUCCCGCCGGCGUUCAUCGACGCCGGUUCGGUGGAGCCGUUUCGGGAUGAGGCGGUGUUGUACGCGAUGAAGAUGUGGGAAGGGGGGUCUCAGGCGGAUUUGCAUAUAUGGGGAGGCGGAUGCCAUGGUUUCGAGAACGCAACGGAGACGGAGAUUACCAAGGCGGCGGCUCGUGUAAGGUCGGAAUGGCUGAGGAAGAUGUUGGCGCUCAAGUGA